AGUAUGAUGGGAGGUGGUUACAAUACCUGAGCCUCUGUGAUUAAAGGGAUAAGUAUUACCUCCCGUAGUAGUUAUAGAAUUGGUGCCUUGAUAUGGUGAAGAGGAGUGCAGACGAGAUAAAUCAGAAGUCACAUGAGCAUUUUUCCUGUAUCCAAAUGCCAGUUCAAAUUGAUGUCAGUGGACUGAGUGGUGUAGUAUGCCUGGGAAGGACCAAAGUAGGACUCAUCAAAGCGGUGCCAACAAUCCCAGACCGCGUGACCUGGAUUCCCACAGAGCUGACAAGUGACGGAACCAAGCCGUGGCCCCCCUCUGCCACGGUGAUCAUCCCGCUGGUGACUAGGAGGACGACUGCCCCUGCCGCCGUAUGUACUUGCGCCUCGAGAACUGCUCAUGCUGUGAAGCUAGGCCGAGACUUGAUUCAAAUUGACAUUCCCAAUAUUGGUUCGAAUGUUCUGUUUCAGGGGACUAUAAUCCGUUGGCAGUCCACGGAGUAUGCAGAGUAUGACGUGUUGGCAACUGGUAAGAGGACCAAGAAAGCUGGUAUAGUGGGCAAAUAUGGUACCCGUUAUGGUGCUAGUCUUCGGAAGCAAAUUAAAAAGAUGGAGAUUAGCCAGCAUAUGAAGUAUGACUGUGAGUUCUGUGGGAAGUGUGCAGUGAAGAGAAAGGCUGUCGGUAUAUGGGGAUGCAAGGAUUGUGGCAAAGUCAAGGCAGGAGGGGCAUAUAUCUUGAACACUUCUAGUUCAGUGACAGUCAGAAGCACGAUCAGAAGACUCAGGGAGCAGACCGAGAACUAAGUUACAUGACCUGUUCCUUAUCUUGGUUCUGAUAUUUAUCUAUGUUUUGGUAUUGGAUUUGUACUGUUAGUUUUCUAUUUUGAUUACGCCUUUGUGGUAUUCAGA